GAAAAGCGUAAAAAUUUGCGAUAUGGGUCAUAGUACAUGCUGUGUCGUAAAUUGUAAAAACAAUGGGAAAAACAGUUCAUGCAAGUUUUAUUCGUUUCCAACAUCAAAGUGGACAAUACAGCAAAGACAAAAAUGGAUAGCUGCUGUGAAGAGAAAAAAUGCUGAUGGGUCCCCAUGGCAGCCAAAACGACAUGAUACAAUAUGCAGUGAACAUUUUAUUGGAGGCAAAAAGUCAGACGCAGAGGCGAGCCCUAGCUAUAUUCCAACAAUAUUCCCGUCAAAGUAUCGGUGUAAGAAAAUUGACCAUUCUCAGGUCGCUGCCAGAUAUAAUCGUUUUAUGACACGAAGAUAUCAGGAUCAACAAUUUAUUGGAAAAUACGAACACAAUCAGUUACCAAUCGAAACAGUUACUAAAGUAAAUGAAAGGGAAUUUACUAUGAUGGCCGAUAAAGGAUGCCAAGCAGAUAUUUAUAAUCAGUUCAAGUUGAAAGAAACAACAUUUAUUUGUAAUAGGUACAUUCAAAAUAAUAACUGUGAUGCUGAGAUCCAAGUAGAAAUACCAACUAUUUCCAAAAUUGUCACCACAAAUACUCCAAAAACUAAAGAUAUAGGUUGUUGCACUACUAAAGUAACAUAUAGUACCCAAUCAACAUCUACAAGUAGUCAAGAUUUUGUUGGUAUUUCAUCAAUUAAGAAUGACCAACAACUACUAGAUCUCGCUGGUGUGUCAUUCAAAAGUUUUGAUAUUUUAUUAAGAAGAAUGACAAAUGGGAAAUAUGCAGUUUCCAAAAAGGACCGGCUUUUAAUUUUUUUGAUGAAAUUCAAAACUGGACUGUCAUUUUCAGCAUUAAGUGUAUUGUUUGGCAUACAUAGAACCACAAUCUCAAGAAUAUUUUAUCAUAUUCUACAAGAUCUAAAAUUAAAUAAUUGAACAUUGUUUAAUCAUUAAUUAAACCAAAAAAAAAAUACAAACUCUUCAGGAAUAUAAUACAUAUUAGUAAAUAGUAUCAUGGACUUAUAUGCUAUAGUAUUAAAUUGGUAUUAAAUACUACUGUCUGUGUCUGAUGUCUCUUAUCUGUCUGACAGCAGCUUGCAAGUCGUAAGGCCGGGUUUCCACCUGCAAGUAGACUUGCAAGCUGCUGUCAGACAGACUGUUGGACAUUUCUUGCGGAAGUUUUCUUGCAGAUGGAAACGCGGCCUUAUAUCUGUUUGUAAAAAGUCAAUCAAAACUCUUUGGUAGUAGUUAGUAGGUAGUAGUAGUUUAGUAGCUAUGUAAAAUAAAUUGUAAAACCAGU